AAUCGUUGAUCGUUGUCAUCGAUUUGCCGGUACCUGCGAGAUUGAGAUCAAUCCUGCUGAAUCGUUCAUCGUUUUCAUCGAUUUGCUGGAACCCUAGCUCCUCUGUUCAUUCAUUGAUUUGCUGAUUUAUCCUCCUCUAUUUUAAUGAUGUCUACUACUGUCGAUGGAGUUCGUAUCUGUCCAACUACUGGUAAUCAGUAUUAUACUCCUAUUGUUCCAGAUUCUUCCAAACCUGUAGUUGGUAUGCAUUUCCAGUCACUUGAUUCUGCCUUUAAUUUCUAUAAGAAGUAUGCUAAGUUAUCUGGGUUUGAGGGUCGAAAGCAUACUCAAUCUUCAAAAAAUGGUGUUGUGAUUAGAAAGUACUUUGUUUGUGCGAAAGAGGGUUCAGCGACAUCCUGUGCUGUUGACACGGUAAAUGAUAGUGUUGGUGCUGAUAAAAAGUUAAAUGACCGAAGGAGGUGACCUUCUAAACGUACCGGAUGUAAGGCACACAUCCGUUUGUCUUUAACUCCAAAAAAUACUUAUAGAAUUUCUCAUGUAUUUGAGGAGCAUAAUCAUUCUUUUGUUGAUGAAGAGGAUUAUCAUCUUUUAGCUUCGUCUA